AGUAAGAGCUGUUCGGCAGUGGAAUUUGCUCCCAAGGAGUGUGGUGGAGUCUCCUUCUUUGGAGGUCUUUAAGCAGAGGCUUGACAGCCAUAUGUCAAGAAUGCUUUGAUGGUGUUUCCUGCUUAGCAGGGGGUUGGACUGGAUGGCCCUUGGGGUCUCUUCCAACUCUAUGAUUCUAUGAUUCUAUCUUCUGUCCUUGCUAUCUUGCCACCUGAAGUGGCCACCUCACCUUGCCUCAAGUUUGGGCCGGCCCUGCCUACACGAAGGCCUGAUGGGCGGGCGGAUGUUUUCUUCCCCAAGCUGAUUUAUUUUCCCCUAGACUCCUGUUGCUCCACAGAGCCAGGAAGCCCCUUUGCCGUUCCUUCGCAUCGUUUGGGGCCUCCAACAUGACCACUGCCUGCUCCACGGGCUCCCUUAUCUCCCUGGACAUCACUUCCUCACCGCUUCCUGGCUGGAAGGGGAUGGGAAUGGGUCUGGCUUGGGGAGUGCAGGAGGGGGACGGCGGCAGGAAACGCCUGCCCAGUAAGAAGCCCCUCCCUCUUGAGUAGGGAUGGCUUCCAUGUCCCGGCCCCUCAGCUGCUUAUUCCCCACAGCUCCCAGCAGCGUGUGGGCUGGAGUUCUGGGGCUCGCCUUUGUCCUGCUGGACACACACUGCCCACAGACAGGAGGAUUGUGCCUCUCAUCAGGCCCCACUCAUGGCACCUGGCCAAGGUCUCCGAAGUCCGGACUGAGGCUGACACCAACAUGCACUUCCCAACCGAUGCCUUCAGCCUCUCCUGGCACUCAGGCUGCGACCCCAGUGACCUUCCCUUGCCCUGGAACCCCCUCGCUCGCCACUGCAGCACAGACAAGAUUAGCUCCCUCGGGAGCAUGGAAAGCCUGGACCAGGGUGGGCAGACCUACUACGAGGGCAGCCUCUCUCCCAUUGACCAGACCAUGUACCACAACAAGCGGGACUCUGCCUACAGCUCCUUCUCGGCCAGCUCCAACGCCUCCGACUCCGCCCUGCGGUCUGAGGACGGCGGUGUCCCUGAAGGCCUCUCACCGGACCCCCGCUACCUGCAGACCAGUGGUGAAGCUGUGGCAGUGGUGGGCCUACAUGCCUUGCCCAGCCGGCCUGCCCCCAGUGCCAGGACAGCCCCCUGCCCUCAGGACAGUCACUUCCCCAGCUCUCCCAGAGCUGUUGUGUCCGCCCCUCCCCAGCCACCAGUGAGGCAGGACAGCCUGCGAGCCUGUAACCCACCCCCAACCAACACAGACGGCCAUAGGAAGGACUCCCCCCACCUCAAGGCCCGCUGGACCUCGGACACGCUCCUUUCUGUACGAGGCAGGGACCCCGAGUUGGGCAAGGAGUCGCCCACAGAGCAUUACUACCUGCUGAGUUCUCAUGCCGACCAGCCCACCCCCAUGGAGAAGGAAGCCCAGAGGGCCAGCUCCCUUCCGGGUGAGGAGAGCAGUGGGGAGCACCCCUUGGGCAGCCAGGACCCCUUCAUGACCAAGCCAGGCAGCCCCGAGGGUGCCUGCCCGCCCCACUGGAAGGCCUGCUGGGCUGGAGCACUGAGCCAUCGUCACAGUGCCCCAGAGCACCUACUGGCGGCCCAGCUGCAGGCUCUGAACGUCUCCUGCCCCCAAGAGGGCUCCCACUGGACUGUGUCUCCGCUGCACAUGGAGCAAAGGAGCACCCCAGGGGCCCAGCAGAGUCAGGACUCCCCCAGAAAGGCGCAACGCCCCCAGGCCCAUUCCACAAGCAGCCGCUGCCACAUGAGGCCAGAACGACCCAGGAGUGUCGAACUGGCAUCCUCCCCGCUUCUGCAGCCCACUGGAGACGCCAGCACAGGCCUGAAGGAGGCGCCCAGCAUGGAGGUAUCAGCAGAGGCGGGGCAGGAGGGGGAAGGAAGCACCGUGGGCACCAGGAAGGGGGGCUCGUCUCAGCACCGCUCGGCCCAUAUGCGCCGGCGCAGCGACCGCUUUGCUACCAACUUGCGGAACGAGAUCCAGUGGCGCAAAGCGCAGCUGCAAAAGGCGAAGGGCUCUGCUCUGCUGUUGGAGGAGGGGGAGUCAAGCCAGGAGGCGGGGGAGCCCCCCGGCAGCCCCCCUGCCCCUCCUUCCCUACCCCACUCUCCUCCGCCUCCCUUGCCCAAGGGCCAGCCUCCUGGCUUGACUCAGCCUAGAGUGCUGCUUCCCAGGCGCUGGGGCUCUGAGCUGAGUGUCCUUGCAGCGGACGGUGGUCUUCCCAGCCGCAGCAAGUGGAAGGUCCCUCUGCCAGAGCAGGAGAAGUCCCAGGGAGCUCCUCCACCUGGAGGAAGUCGAGGGGGCCGCUGGCGGUGGUCACCGGAGCACAAGCUGCAGCUCCACCGUCAGAGCCAGCAGGUGGUUGAUUCUGGGAGCCCCUUGCCGCCCCCUGAGGACUCUGGCCUCCUGCCUUUCGCCGACCGGAGGAAGUUCUUCGAGGAGACCAGCAGACCACUUUCCUCUGGGGGCUUCGGCUGCCAGAACAACAGGCCCGUGGGUGUACCCCUCCCCAGGAUGGUGGGCCAGGACUCCUUCCAGCCAGCCAGCUCUGAGCACAGGGACCAGCGCCGCCACUCUGUGGACCAGCCCUACAGGCUCCUGCAGCCCCCGCCACCCCACACCUACCAGGACUUCCUUCCAGAGGGGCCUGCCUUUUGCAAGCCAUUGGCCCAGUGCGGGGGAGACUGUGAUCACUGGCGCCCCAUUCCCUGCCCACGUGCAGCCCGGGAAACCUGUUGCUAUGGGGAUCGGUGCUCCGCAUCUCAUCACAGGAACAUGCCGGCAGCACCUGGCCACUGGGCCCACCACUGCCACUCGCACGCCUGGAAUCGCUGCAGCGACUGCUGCUGCUGCCCAGCACAGCACAAGUUCUCGGAGGAGGGGAGACCGUGGCAUGCGAGGAAGACCUUUCUAGCGGACUUUUCCAUGGGUGAGUGGGAGCCUCCUGCACCCAGCAGGAAGACGAUGAGCCCAUCAAUGAGUGAACUCGCACAACACAAGGUGGGCUUUGCCAGGCUCAGCCCCUUCUGGACCUGCUCGGAGGCCUCCGAGGCAGAAUCGCACCCUCCCUGCCUCACCUGGGACAGCAAGAGGCCUGGGCGAGCAGCAGAGAACCCGGACCACAAAGAGGACCCUGCCAGCCCUCACAGACACCCCCUGCGCGAAAGGGCCUACUCAGAGAGCCACCUCUGUGCAGAGCAGGCUGGUGCUUCCGGGAGGGAGAGGCAAGAAGCACCCCUGGCCAAGCUGGAGGAGGAGACCCGGCUGGACUCUCCCCGGGCCGCCAAGCAAAAGGGCCCGCCCCCUCCACGGCCCCCACCACCAAACUGGGAGAAAUACCGCCCCCGCCGUGCCUCCCACAGCCACCUGCUUCCCCCCAAGGCUGGCCCCCACCCCCACCUGGAAGAAGCCCGCACCUACAGCCAGAGCAGCAGUGAGGUGGCACGGCAGAGGUCUCAGAGCCUGCCUCUGGAGCAGCUGUGGGGGGAGGCCAGCCAGCAGCUCAGCCCCAGGCCUCAGGAAGUCCCCCACUCCCCCUAUCAUUACGACAGUUCGCCACGCCGGACCCCAGAGUGGGCAGUGCCAGAUGGGAGCAGCCAGAGUGGGUCAUCCAGGCCUGCAUGUUCCCUGGAGGAGGCAGCAACGCCCCCAUGGCAAAAGGGGAAGGACGGAUCGGCCAGCAGGACCCCCGAGUCGGUGUCAGCCAGCCCCUCCAGCCUUGCCUCCAAGGAGCUAGAGGGGGUUGAAGGAGAUGCCUGCCACCCAGGUAUGGUGGGUCCGGUGCCCCCCUUUCGCCUGAACUCAGAGGAGCUGAUGAGGGAUGUGGCAGGCAGGGACCGCUCCCUAGCCGGAGUGCUCAGCCCCACCUUGGGUCUGGUGACCGCAGCGGAAGUGAUGGGGGACUUCUUCUCCCCCGGUGAGGGUGCUUUGUGGCAGGGGCACGACUGGCCCCCUCAGGCUGGUGCUGUGGGACUCUCGGCGAGGCAAACCAGCCAGCCCGUCUCCCCAACCUGUGUGGGAUCUGCCAGCCCCAACUCCUCCGGCUCUGCCUACUAUAACCUGUCGGCUGGCAAGGCUGAGCUACUGAACAAGAUGAAGGAGUUGCCUGAGGGAGCUGGAGCCAGUUCGGAGGAGGAAGAGGUGGACCACGACCUGGCCAGGAAGAAGGUGCAGCUGAUUGAGAGCAUCAGUCGGAAGCUGGGGGUGCUGCAGGAGGCUCAGCGGGGCUUGCAUGAUGACAUGAAUGCCAAUAUGGUGCUGGGCAGAGAGGUGGAGAGCCACGUCAAGGGGGUCUGCAAGCCGCAUGAAUACGAGAAGUUCCGCCUCUUCAUCGGUGACCUGGAGAAGGUGGUCAACCUCCUCUUGUCCCUCUCUGGGCGGCUGGCAAGGGUGGAGAAUGCCCUCAGCAGCCUGGACCUGGAUGCCACUGCGGAAGAGGAGAAGCUGGCCCUCCUGGAGAAGAAGCGGCAGCUGAUGGGACAGCUGGAGGAUGCCAAGGAGCUGCAGGAGCACGUCUCCCGCCGGGAGCGCUUGGUCUUCGCCAGUGUCUCACGCUGCCUGCCGGCGGAGCAGCUGCAGGACUACCAUCACUUUGUGCGCAUGAAGUCGGCACUUGCCAUUCAGCAGCGGCAGCUGGAGGACAAGAUCAAACUGGGCGAGGAGCAGCUGCGCUGCCUGCGGGAGAGCCUGCGCAGGGGACCCAGGGAGUACUAACCAAAGCCACCUGGGCUUUCCUGCAUCGCAGGGGCCUGGGCUAGAGGACCCUCAGGGUCCUCUCCAACUGUACCAGUUGCUAUUCAACUGGUGCCUUCCUUCGGAGACUGCUUUCUGCUCACAGUGCCUUCUUGCUCUCAGGACAGUUAUUGUUGCCAAAGAUUGCCAGGCCAGAUCACUGCAUCCCCACAACCUCCUCUUCCAUGGCUGGGGUUGGGGGCUCAACCAAAGUGUGCUUUGCUAGGAAGACAUUGACACCCGCUGCUCGGGAAGGCGAGGGAGGGGUUCCUGGAGCUCCACUGAGAUGAGGACUCCCAGGGAGGCAGCCAUCUUCUCCCCUCUGGAGCCACCAACCACCCAGCCAAGGAAACUCCCCUAAACAGCAGCAUAAUCCUCUGGCACCCACUGCUUAUUCCAAGGCCUGGCUUCACCUUGCACGCCUUUCCUGCCUCCUGCCGCACAAUUAAUUUAUUCCUAUCUUAGCUUUCCUUCACUGAGAUAAUUGAGGGGGGUGGGGGUGGGGUUACUGGGAUGGGCCAACACAAACGUCAGCCACAUCCCUUGAGGGCGACAUGUCCUGCACCUCUCACUGGUAUGCUGAGCUUAGGAUGUGUUUUGGAGUCUGUGCUCCUUCCCCUGCCCCCUGGAAGUGGCUUCUCUGCAAGGGUGGGGUUUUUUUGUGGGAGGGAGGAUUCAAGCACAGAAACAGCCCCCCCUACAUGCUUCCCAGUUCCUUUUGUUCCAUUUGCUUCCUUCCUCUCAUUCCCCUCCCAGCACCUCGAUCCAAAGUUUCUCUUGCCAAGUUCAAGGGCAGGAAAAAAACCCCUCGUCUUUCCCCAUAUCGAGAUCUCUUGCUGGGGAGUUGCCAUUUUGAGUUGUUUUGAGCUCUGCUCAUUUCCUGCACAAUCUUGUUGGGGAAAUGCCGAGGACCUGUUUGCAGAUCCUCCUCCCUCCCUCCCUCCCUCCCUCCCUCUCUGUGUGUGUGUCCCUCAUGGCCUGGGGAGCUGCAGCAAGCCCUUUGCACACUGCAGAUUGCCUGCUGAUUCCUUGAUCUGAUGCUGAGCCCCCCCAGCUCUACCCAGAGGCAAUCAGAGGAACCAGUGAAGGCGGUGAAGGUCCUGUGUGAGUGCCUGGAGGCGGUUCAAGGAUGGAUGGCGGCUAACAGAUUGAUGUUGAAUCCUGACAAGACAGAAGUACUGUUUGUGGGGGACAGGAGGCGGGCAGGUGUGGAGGACUCCCUGGUCCUGAAUGGGGUAACUGUGCCCCUGAAGGACCAGGUGCGCAGCCUGGGAGUCAUUCUGGACUCACAGCUGUCCAUCGAUGCACAGGUCAAUUUUGUGUCCAGGGCAGCUGUCUACCAGCUAUCUCACUAGACUGGUGCAUGCUCUAGUUAUCUCCCACUUGGACUACUGCCAUGCGCUCAACGUGGGGCUACCUUUGAAGGUGAUCCGGAAACUACAACUAAUCCAGAAUGCGGCAGCCAGACUGGUGACUGGGAGUAGCCACCGGAGCCAUAUAACCCCGGUCCUAUAGAAUCUUCAUUGGCUCCCAGUAUGUUUCCAAGCACAAUUCAAAGUGUUGGAUCCAAAGCAAGGGAAUCUUUAAACCCCUAAACGGCCUCGGCCCUGUAUACCUGAAGGAGUGUCUCUGCCUCGGACACCCGGGUCCCUCUCCUGAACGUUACAGGGGACCAGGCCUUCUCGGUAGUGGCACCCUCCCUGUGGAACACCCUCCCAUCAGAUGUCAAGGAGAUAAAGAACUACAUAACUUUUAGAAAACAUCUGAAGACAGCCCUGUAUUUUGAUGUUUGAUAUUUUACUGUCUUUUUAAUAUUUUGUUGGGAGCUGCCCAGAGUGGCUGUGGAAACCUAGUCAGAUGAGCAGCAUAUAAAUAAUGAAAUUAUUGCAUUAUUAUUGAAAAGGGCUUCCCCCAAUACAGCCAGCCUCGGCCCCCACUACCACCGUGUGCUGAUGGGGCCCCCUGUUCCCUGCCUGCGUAAAAGGCAGAGCCGGCC